GGGACGCGCUGGCGGCUGCUGAGAUACCCGGGCUGCGGCGCCGCCCGCCUGCCCCGCCCGCGGAGUCUGGCCACUGCACGUCGUCCAUACACGCCACCGCCGCCGCCAUGGGCUCUUGAGCCCUCUUCGUAACAGCGAUUAAUUUGUUGGAGGAUCCAGAUUAUUUGACCUGUGGAUGGCGGCUGCUUCCUCAUGGCUGGCUUGUCACUUCCUGUGACCCUUUCUCUCAGGGAGCCUCCUGCUGCUGGGCACCAUGACAGUGAGGGGGGCCGCGCUGGCCCCGGAUCCAGCGUCGCCCACAACCACAGCCGCUUCACCCAGCGUCUCUGCGAUCCCUGAGGGCAGCCCCACCGCCAUGGAGCAGCCUGUGUUUCUGAUGACGACCGCUGCUCAGGCCAUCUCUGGCUUCUUUGUUUGGACCGCCUUGCUUAUCACCUGCCACCAGAUCUACAUGCACCUGCGCUGCUACAGCUGCCCCAACGAGCAGCGCUACAUCGUGCGCAUCCUCUUCAUCGUGCCCAUCUACGCCUUCGACUCCUGGCUCAGCCUGCUCUUCUUCACCAACGACCAGUACUACGUGUACUUCGGCACCGUGCGUGACUGCUACGAGGCCUUGGUCAUCUAUAACUUCCUGAGCCUGUGCUACGAGUACCUCGGGGGAGAGAGCUCCAUCAUGGCGGAGAUCAGGGGGAAGCCCAUCGAGUCCAGCUGUAUGUACGGCACGUGCUGCCUCUGGGGAAAGACUUACUCCAUCGGAUUUCUGCGGUUCUGCAAACAGGCCACCCUGCAGUUCUGUGUGGUGAAGCCACUCAUGGCAGUCAGCACCGUGAUCCUCCAGGCCUUCGGCAAGUACCGAGACGGGGACUUUGACGUCACCAGCGGCUACCUCUAUGUGACCAUCAUCUACAACAUCUCUGUCAGCCUGGCCCUCUACGCCCUCUUCCUCUUCUACUUUGCCACCCGGGAGCUGCUCAGCCCCUACAGCCCCGUCCUCAAGUUCUUCAUGGUCAAGUCUGUCAUCUUUCUCUCCUUCUGGCAGGGCAUGCUUCUGGCCAUCCUGGAGAAGUGUGGGGCCAUCCCUAAGAUCCACUCAGCCCGUGUGUCAGUGGGCGAGGGUACUGUGGCAGCUGGCUACCAGGACUUCAUCAUCUGUGUGGAGAUGUUCUUUGCAGCCCUGGCUCUGCGGCAUGCUUUCACCUAUAAGGUCUAUGCUGACAAGAGGCUGGACGCGCAAGUGCCAACGUACGGCCCUUACGGCCGCUGUGCCCCCAUGAAGAGCAUCUCUAGCAGUCUCAAGGAGACCAUGAACCCACAUGACAUCGUGCAGGACGCCAUCCACAACUUCUCACCCGCCUACCAGCAGUACACGCAGCAGUCCACGCUGGAGCCUGGGCCUACCUGGCGCGGAAGUGCCCACAGUCUCUCACGCUCCCACAGCCUCAGUGGCGCCCGCGACAACGAGAAGACUCUCCUGCUCAGCUCUGACGAUGAGUUCUAGGUGCAGGCUGUGGUGGGGAGAGUGCUGGCACCUUGGCCGACAGCAAGCUGCGCCCACCUCCAGCCUCACGGCCAAGCCAGAGGGAGCUGGCACAGCUUUGAUGUUGCCCUUUAUUUAUUGGACCAGAAACACUCACAUAUCGCUUCCAGAGGAGCGGCCAGAUGCUGUCUACCCAGGCUCACCCACGAGGCUUCAGGAAUAUUCUUACAUGGCUGCCCCUGCACUGCCCCAACAAGGGACAGAGGGCUGUGGUGCAGCACAGUGGGACUAGCUGUGCCCAGGCCACGUGCUGUGUGUGGACUAGUGGCUGCAGCCUUCUAGGUGUCCCUCCCCGACAAGACUCCCAGGCAAGAUCAGCAGGCCCAGCCCACCGCACAUACUGUGCAAUACUCUGACCUGGGCUCUUCCUGACUGCUCCCCUCCCCUGUCUACCUUUGUCCAAUGCUAGAUUUGCCUCAUCCUGGGCAGGAGGAGGAAAUGGGGAUGCUCUGUGGACCCCACUCCUGACCCAGGCCAACCUGGCAUGCUGCAAGGAUCAGAGCCAGACCCCAAGAGCCAUGGGUCCCACCUAAGAAGGGUACUCAGGGCCCUCUGGGGCCUUCUUCUAUUGAAGUAGGGCCCUCUGGCCCCUGGGUGUCCUUGCCAUGGCUGUACCGCUGCCUGCCUCGUGCCCCUUCCUCUCAGCCUGCUGAGGACAGCCCGCAGCCUGUAGUGCCCUCUUGAUGGGGUCCUUCUUAAUAAAGUUCUGGGGGGAGUUCUGGGCUGUGCAGGGGCUCCUCACCCUCCUUCCCAGGCUGAAUAGCUAGAUCCUCUGCUGGCUCCUAGUCUCUCCCUGGAGCUUCUCCCUCCUGUUUCAGGGGAAAGGUCUGAGUCGGGCAUUUCAGACCAGCUUCCGGAGGAAGACAGUCCAGAGGGGAGAAUGGGAAGGAUGGCCAUGCAGCUAGGAGGUGGCAGCAGUGGUCUCAGACCCCUCUCCCAGGUUCCUGUACCCACAGGGCCUCCUUUACCCCCCCCCCCUUUUCUGUGCCUUAGUCACAUAUGGAAGCUCCCUCCCUACCCCCUGUCUGUCCCAGACACUCUCUGGGGGCUUCUUGCUAAGCUGCUGGCACUCAAAUCUCCAGCACUGGCCAAGAUCCCUCAGGCCUCAGGAGUGGACAGGACCACCAAGUCCUCUUCCCUCGCCCCCUUCAUACCCAUAUACCUGGGGCUUCCCAGGGCUGGAGCCCCCAGACAGGCUGGGAUUACUUGGCCCCUGGUUUAGGAAGAGCCUUAGGACAAAGUGCAUGCUCCUAUAGACAGAGUCCCCUGGCAUUUCAAACCCAGACAGUACUUGGGUUAGGGCUGCAAUAGCCAUGGGAAGUAGGUGGAGGGAGAAGGCCCUCAUCUCUGGCAUUCACCGUGGAAUCUUUGUUUUGGUCCCUCCUGGAAUGAACAGGGUCCCUCCUGGAAUCUGUGAUGAGGGUCAAGUCUCAGCCAUCUGUUUGGCCUUUUUUCUUCCCUGUGGCCAAGCCAACCUUUGGGUGGGUGGGAGGGGGAGUCCAGAGGUCUCCAUGUGGGGUACUGGAGGUCAGUUCUUAGACGCCCAUCUGGGGAUGCCAGCUGUCCUGGAGCUGCCCAGGAGGGCAGAGCAGGCACAGGCUGAGAGCAGCUGUGGUUCUCCCCUAUAUUUGCUUUCUUGAAUCUGUUUCUCUGAUUCGAUUUCCUUUCUCCUUCAGGCCAAAGUGUGUUGCUUGUUCCUGGCCCCCUUGGUCUUUGCCCAGCACUGUCUGCCCACAUGGUGGCUGGGGGUGGGAGGAGCUCAGGGGCAGUGAGCUAGUGGUCCCUGGUGACACCAGGUUAGGAACACCUGCCAGACUGCUCCAUCUCCUCCUUCCUAGGAUGCAUAACCUACCUUGUCUUUUUUUUUUUUUUUUUAAUUUUUUCCAGAUAGAGUAGCUCUUUGUACAUAAAAGAUACUUGAAAAAUUAAUUGUAUGAUGUAUGAGAAGACAGAGUCCCCUAGUUUUGUAUCUUGUCGUGUGACUGCUAUGAGUUCCACCAGAAAGCCGUUCUAUUUUGGUCUCUGUGACAUUUUAAAUGCGUGACAGAAGUGAACAAAUAAAGUGAGGAAGAAAUAUAUAUAUGAGAUAAUAUAGAUUGUAUUGAAAUCUC